GUUCACGGCCGGAGAUAUUUCCAUCUACGCUGUUAUCCCACAUAUGCUCCUGUUUAUCAUGCCUGGCUGCUGACAGGCUGCGGGACACAAUGAGGACUGGUCUCCGUGUCAUCGCGCAGCCUGGAGCUUUCUGGCCUCAGCACGUUAGCAAGCUAACCAUUUUUUCCUAAGCAGAAGCCCUGCAUUGCUUCGACAUGCUAAAGGAUUUCAUGAACAACACACGGGAGGUUUCCUCCGACUUGACUGGAAUACUGCGCACUGAAGUGCAGCGAGGAAUCGUCAAGGUUUCCGACGACCGCGAGAAGCCGAGGAUCCACAGGGCGUCUGUUGCUGUCUGACAGCCCCGACCAAACAUGGCUUUACGGCUGCUUUUACAGGAUAUUACUGCCUCCGAUUUCUAACAUAUAGACAGGAGAUACGAGUUGACAGCAUAUGCAUCAUAAAGUGUUUGAAUGGUGGCGUACACACUGUGUGCUGUGAAUGGGACUAGGCGCUUACUGGCCACCGGCACAGGUUGUGUGAAAAGCACCGAGAUAUGACAUGCACAAGAAAAAAGAGGAAAGCUGCUUUUGCUUCUUUAAACCUUUUGAUUUUUAAUGGUAGUGUGCAACACUUUUUUAAUACAGAUUUGGUCCACCGGCAACGUUACCCAUGCACUGUUAGAUGCUUCUGUUUUUAGGCUAGAAGCCAGGUGCAUCACCGUAUUUCAUGUAGACUGCAACAGACGUCUGGACAAGAAACCCACGGCAGGGUCCCUGUGAGGAUUAAGAGGCAAGAGGAGAGGUCACAACAACAAAGGGACUUUGCUCGAAAUGGAGCAAUGUGUCUUGAGGUGUUCCUGUUCAGUGUAAACUACAGAAAGGAAGCAACCACGAGUACCGAGGAACAAUCGGCAGACGAGGGAGGUGGUGGUGGAGUGGUGACUUUGUUGUCUAAAAAUAAGGUGGUAUGGGUGGGGGGGCAUUUGGGAUGGCAAAUGGAAAUGAGAGCACCGAAGGGCCUGUGGGGCCAAUGGCAGCAGUGGUGGCUACUGCAGAAGGCAUGGUAGCAGACAGUUCAUCCUCCGUUAUCUCUACGUAUAUUAAACUGGUGCUACUUGGGCUGAUCAUAUGCAUCAGUCUGGUGGGGAACUUGGUGGUUUCUCUGCUUGUACUCCGGGACCAGGCUCUGCAUAAGGCACCUUACUAUUUCCUCCUGGAUCUGUGCCUGGCAGACAGCAUUCGCUCAGCUAUCUGCUUCCCCUUUGUGCUGGUGUCUAUAAAAAAUGGCUCAGCGUGGACCUACAGCGUGCUGAGCUGCAAGGUGGUAGCCUUCAUGGCAGUGCUCUUCUGCUUCCAUGCUGCCUUCAUGCUCUUCUGCAUCAGUGUAACACGCUACAUGGCCAUUGCACACCACCGGUUUUACUCAAAGCGCAUGACGUUCUGGACAUGUGUGGCAGUAGUAUGCAUGGUGUGGACGCUGUCUGUGGCAAUGGCAUUCCCGCCUGUUUUUGAUGUGGGCACCUAUAAAUUCAUUCGUGAGGAAGACCAGUGCAUUUUUGAGCAUCGCUACUUCAAGGCUAAUGACACACUGGGCUUCAUGCUAAUGCUUGCUGUACUCAUUCUAGCCACACAUGUUGUCUACAUGAAGUUACUUCUCUUUGAAUACAAGCACCGCAAGAUGAAGCCAGUCCAGAUGGUACCAGCUAUCAGUCAGAAUUGGACCUUUCAUGGGCCAGGAGCUACAGGCCAAGCAGCUGCUAACUGGAUUGCGGGUUUUGGUAGGGGCCCGAUGCCACCCACUCUGCUGGGAAUACGGCAAAACUUGCACAACCAGAACCGGCGACUCUUAGGCAUGGAGGAGUUUAAAGCGGAGAAGCAGCUCGGUAGGAUGUUCUAUGUGAUCACAUUACUGUUCCUGGUGCUCUGGUCUCCCUACAUAGUAGCUUGCUACUGGAGGGUGUUUGUCAAGGCUUGCACAAUACCACACCGGUACCUCUCCACCACUGUGUGGAUGAGUUUUGCCCAAGCGGGGGUCAACCCUAUCGUCUGCUUCUUCCUUAAUAAAGACUUGAAGAAAGGGCUCCUUUCCCACCUACCAGCCUGCUGCAGGACUAAACCUCAUCUGCCACGAGAGCCUUACUGUGUCAUGUAACUAGAGAUGAUGAAGAAAAAACAAUGGGCAACCUACAGAUGUAUUGUAUAUUGUGCUUAAGUUAUCGUAGCAUUUGAUGCAAUUGAAGGUAUUUUUAAGCAGUGAGUGGAAAAUUGUGAGUGUAGUGUUAAAACACUGGAAUGGUAAGCAUGUGUUUCCAUCCAUCGACCAAUUUUCACUCCAAAUUCAACAGCAUACAUGAGGUCAGAUCUUGACUUUUGAUAACAUACAUGUAAAUAAUAAGCAGUCACUGGGAAAACCAAGACAGACAAAUAAACUAAGCUUGAGAUUUUUUAAAAAUUGCCAUUUAGAAAAGUCUUGAAUACAAAGGAUGUUGGGCUUGUGACAAACAGAAUCCUAAAGGAGGUAAUAAAGCCGCUUUUAGUCUGAAUCUUAAUGUCAUCAUCAUACUGGAAUAACUGAUGAUUGUCCAGCAGCAGUGGCUGAUGAGAGUAAAAAAGUGCUCAACUAGAUUCAAACCAGCAUUCGUGUUGACUCACCAGUUUUAUUAGAAUGGCAAUUUUAGUUCACAACAACAUAAAGUUUCCAGAAAUACAAACAUUAGUUCCAGAAAAGAUGUGGAAGGUAGGUUAAUGCAUUUAGCUAGUGUUUACAUUGUCACUGAGUCAUAUUAAUCAAGUACCAACAGGUCAUUUUUAAUCAAAUGGAGGUACAGUGGAUGCCAUAAACACCUUUUGGUGCUCCUGUAGUGGUACGGUACAUGGUACAGUUCACAAUUGAAACAUUUUAGAUUGACUUAAAAACAUGAAUAAAUAAAAAACUGAAACUGGAGAAACCAAGAAUAAAAUUGUUAUCCACUCCUCACAACAAAAUGCCGUCACAUUAUAGGGUGUCUAUGUGUUUUCAAGUUUCAGUUAUGUGAUUUAACCAUCAGUGAGGACACAUAAAGAUGAUGAGGGCGUGCUGUUGAACACAGAUUUUAGCAGGAAAUGUAAAAGUCAGAAUAAAGGGUGCUGCAGAAAAAUGCUAACAGACUAAAAACCAAAGUAAAACAGGCACUGCAAAGUAAAUGUACCGUAAAGAAUUAAUGCAGAAUCUCAAAGCAGACAGAAGGAUUUUCUUUCCUCAAACACACUGUUUGUUUGCUAGUCACUAAAGCAAACCUUUAAUCUGUGUUGCCUAAAACAUAUUCUCGUUGUUGCUCAUUAGCUCAACAGAAAAUAUGCAGUAGGGGAUGCUUUUCAAGCUUUGAACAUUUGCAGAUAGAACAAUUAUUUGUUUUUUCAUUUUUUGUUUUUUCCUAAGGACAAAUCUGAAGUUACAUCUGUACCUGUUACUUGAGCAGCUUCACCUUCAUUUUAAAGCAGAAAGAAAAUUAGCUUCACCAGGCAUAGCAACCCAGGAUUUUUAACCCUCAAGCGACCAAGCUAUUUCAGUGGGUAUUCUAAUGACCGAGUGUGCUAUCAGGAAUACUUUUUUAUGAUUUUGUUUGUGUAUUUCACACUAACACUGUUUCCUUUAUCCAUGCUAGAUAUU